AUGGCGCCUGCUGCGAAAGCCAAGCCAGACAAGGAGGAGAAGCAGAAACCGGAUCGGGCGGAUCAGGUGGCGCGUCUGAUGGGCUUGCUACAUCGCGACCACACCAAGCCGCACGAACCUCCGCCGCCCGACGGGGGCAACGACCAAGACGACGCCCCUCCCGCCGCCGACAAGCCUGCCGCCCCCAGCGCGCCGGCCAGCCGCUCCUCCAACAGCGGAAGGCGGCCGGCCCCUGAGAGCGCGCAGGCUGACGGAUCAUCAGCGUCGGCGCGCCGUGGCGCCGCACCUCCCAGCCCGUCGCACGGCAUGGCGCCGUCCGUGUCGUGGGAGGGGCAAUGCGCCCCCUCCGCGCAUCGUCCCAACAGCCUCGUCGCCGCACUCCGGCGCGGGGCCGCGUGCGCCGCCGCGGCCCAAGACCGGGGAGCAGCUUCAAGGCCCUCCGCUGCCGUCGCCACGGGGGGGGCUUCCCCCAAGGCGUGGAGCAACCUCGAUGGCGCCGCCCCAGGGCACGCCGGACCGCGAAAGAACCGAGCACCAUCCAUCCGACUCGAAGGCGUGGCGGGCGACGACGGUUCAGCCCCCGUGGCGGCAUCCCCCGUCGCUAGUAGCGGCGGUACAACGCCGAGGGGCGCGGCGGCGCGGCCAGGUUCGUCGACGGGCCGUCGCGAGCCUAACCGCGCGAGCAGCAUGGGCGAACUUCCCAACACCCGUCCCGCCGACGGCGGCAGCGGCGCUCUCAUGCCCCCCCUGUCGCCCCUCGGAAGCGCAGUUGGUGGCGCGCGAUCGGCGGUAGGCGGGCGCGGGAGGCGCGUGGCGACGAAGCACGCGAGUCUGGGCCACCAGGAGUACGAGCGCAUGCACGUCGCCACCUCGACUAGCCCCGGCAAUCCCAGCCUGUCGCCGUUACACGCGCCCGCCGUACCCUGGGCAGGCGUGAAGCAGGCGGCUGGCGGAACGCGCGCGGGGCUCACCCCGAAUGCCUCCCCGCCGAGUGGUGGAGACAUGGUGAGGACAGCGGAAGGCGCGCACGGGGGAGCGCGGAGGGCGGCGAAGCACAUGAGCCUGGGAAAGGAAGACUACCUGCGCAUGGAGGCCGCGGGCAGCGGAUACCUGCCCUCCCCCUCCCCGCCGCCGCCGCAUGCCCGCGCCUCAGCCGGCCCUAGCGCUGGCGCUGCUGGUGCGGCGGCUGCUGGUGGUUCGCAUGCCGGCCGGGUGAAGCCGGGGAGGCGCGCGAGCAUGGGCGAGGAGGGCAUGGAGGCCAUGAUGCGCGCAGCGGCGGUGGCCGCCAGCGACGGCAGGAGCAAGAGCGUCGAUGACACGGCGGCGCCGCCCCAGGGCUGGGAAAAGUCCUGGAUAGGCGGCGGCGAGGUGAAGGGUGGCGAGAGGCGGAGCGAGCCGGGUCGCGAGCGAACGCGCAAAGAGCGGAGAAACGAGGCGGAGGAGGGAAGGGGAGCGGGCGAGGAGGGCGGAGCAGAGGGAGGAGCGGCGGUCGAAGCCGAGAGGGAGGAUCCAUGCGGCAGCCCGGUGCUGGGCGUGCAGGGGCGCGCGGAGGAGCCGGCAUGGGCGGACGAGACGGCGGAGAGCGUGGGGGCGCGCAGUGGCGGGGAGUUGGUGGGGAAGGCGGGGAGCGGCAAGAAGGGCAGUCUGGCGCGGAGCCUGACGGAGGACGAGGAGGCGGGCGACGAGACGCCGGCUGAACGGCCGCGCGGCGGGAAGGCGAAAGCGAGCCCGAAAGGGGUGAGCCCGAAAGGGGUGAGCCCGAAAGGGACGAGCGGGCGAAGGCUGGCGCGGCGCAUGGAGGAGGACGACGGCGCGGAGGGCGGCCGCGCAGGCGCGCGAGGGAAUGCGGCAGCGGAGGCCGCGCGGGGCGCAGGGAAGGGGCGAGUGCGGCGAAGCAUGGAGGCGGACGAGGGGGGUGGCGGGGGCGAAUGUCAAGGGCGCUCCGGCGAGAGAACGGUGGGGGGGGAAGACGCAAAGGGCGCGGGCGCAGGCAGUGCGAAGCGGGGCAGUCUGGCGCGGAGCCUGCGGGAGGAUGACGAGGAGAAGGCACGCGCGGUGGGGAAGGCGGGAGGCAGCCUGGUGAGGUGCCUGUCGGACGACGAGGAGGAGGACGCGCAUGCGGAAGAGGCGAACAAGGCUAAGGGGCACGCGAGGGGCGCAGAGAGCGAACAGCACAGCGCGGCCGGCGGCGCGAAGCAGAAGGCGGCGAAUGGGAUCUCAGGCAGGAAAGGCGGCUCAUUGGUUCGGAGCAUGACGGAGGAUGAGGAUGACGAUGCGCAUACGGGCGCGGAGCGGGCGCAUGGCGGCGGGGAGGGCAAAGGCGGACGGGGCGUGCAGGUGCGGGUGCAGCCGACGGGGAAGGCGCGCGGGGAGGGGGCGAGCUCAAAGGGGCGGGCGAGAGGGGAGAUGGAAAGUGGAGAAGUCGUGGGGAAGGCAGGAGGCAGCCUGGUGAGGUGCAUGUCGGACGACGACGAGGAGGAGGACGCGGAUGGGGGGAAGGCAGGAAAGACUGGUGAGGGGCACGUGAGGGGUGCAGAGGGCGAACAGCACAGCGCUGCUGGCGGAGCGAAGCAUAAGGCGGCCAUUAACAAGUCAGGAAGGAAAGGUAGUUCACUUGUGCGGAGCAUGACCGAGGAUGGAGAUGACGAGGCGGAUACAGGCGCGGGGCGGGGACAUGGCGGCGGGGAAAGGGAAGGCGGACGCGAGCGUGCGGGGCGGGGCGCGCAGGUGAGGGAGCAGCGGAAAGGGAAGGCGCGGGGGGAGGGGGCGAGCCCAAAAGGGCGGGUGAGAGGGGAGAGAGAAAGUGGAGAAGGCAUGGCGCAGGGGAAGGCGGCGAGUGCGGCAGACGAAGUCCGUGCGGACAUGGCGCCUGUUGUGGGCAAGGCAGGAGGCAGCCUGGUGAGGUGCCUGUCAGACGAUGAGGAGGAGGAUGCGGUGGAGGCGAGCAAGGCUGAGGGGCAUGCGAGGGGUGGGCAGCGCAGUGGUGCUGGUGGAUUGAGGCACAAGGCGUUGAACGGCGAGCCAGGAAGGAAGAGUGGGUUGCUGGCGAGGAGCAUGCGUGAGGAUGGUGACGAGGAUGUGGACAUGCGCGUGGCGGAGGGGCAUGGUGGCGGGGAGAGCGAAGGCGAUCGUGAGGGUGCAGGGCGGGGCGUGCAGGUGAGGGAGGAGCCAACAGGGCAGGCAUGCGCGGAGGGGGAGGGCGCAACCAGGCAGGCGAGAGGGGAGAUGGAGAAUGGAGAAGGCGUGGCGCAGGGGAAGAUUGUGAGUGGGGAGGAGGAAGUACAUGGGGACACGGCGCAUGGGGAGGGCAAGGCAGGAGGCAGUCUUGUGAGGUGCCUGUCAGACGAUGAGGGGGACGCUCAUGCGGCACAGGGGAGCACGGCUGAGGGGACUAAGGCUGAGGACCAUGAGGCGGGUGGGGAGAGCGAGCAGCACACAGAUGCUGGAGGAGCGAGGCCGAAGGCAGCGAGCGGCAACCCAGGAAGAAAGAAGCUGCUGAUGCGCAGCAUGACGGAGGAUGAGAGCGAGGAGGAAGCGGAGGUGCCGGCCAAGCCCAUGCCGGCCAAGCCCGGGUGA